AUGGCCCUGAAGAGGGCUGGCAAGCUUGUUAAAUUUGUGGAUUCUGUUGAACAAUCUGAAAGGUGCUGCAACCUGUUCUGUUUGUCAUUCGUUCACAUUUGGAUAAGUGAUGUCUUUCUUCACUGGAUCUGUGCUGAUAAAUUAAACUGUAUUUUGUUUGGAAUACCUGGCAUAAGUGAAUAUAUUCAGCAGCCUGUGCUAAAUGGAUUGAGAGACAAGGCAUCCUAUGUCAGACGGGCAGCGGUCCUGGGUUGUGCUAAAAUGAAGAAUUUUCAUGGAGACACAGAAGUUGAUGGGGCAAUGGUAAAUGAACUGUAUGCAAUGUUGCGAGACUCUGACCCCAUUGUCAUGGUGAACUGCUUGAGAGCAUUGGAAGAAAUCUUGAAACGUGAAGGAGGUGUGGUCAUCAACAAACCAAUAGCACAUCACCUUUUAAACAGAAUGAAAAACUUGGAUCAUUGGGGUCAGAGUGAAGUGCUGACAUUCCUAGUUCGCUAUCAGGCCAUAAAUGAAGAUGAAGUGUUUGCUAUUCUGAACGUGCUCGAUGGCUUUCUAAAGAGCAGCCAGCCCAAUGUUGUCACGGCAACCACCAAUCUUUUCCUCCUCCUUGCUGAAGACUUUCCCAAUGUACAGACAGAUGUUCAAGAAAGGAUCAAAGGGCCAUUGUUGACUAUUUACACCUCUGAGUGCCACGAGCUGUGUUUCCUCGGCCUGUGUCAUGCACGGGAGAUCCUCUGCAGCUUACCCGGGCACUUCAGUGGUCACUACAAGAAAUUCUACUGCACAUACUCCGAACCAAAUUACAUCAAAUAUCAGAAGGUGGAGAUGUUGCGGGAUCUGGUAAAUGAUGAGAAUGUCCUGCAGAUACUUGAAGAGUUUCAGAAGUACUGCACUAAUGUUUCUGUAGAACUGGCCCAGAUGGCCAUUUUAAAUAUAGGUGAAAAAAUUAGACUAUUUUGCAUGUUCACAUAUUUCAAGUUAGCUCUGCUAUCCUUCAGACCCAAUUAG